UGAGAGUUGAAAAUGCAACCCGUCUUCUGGCAUUUCUGCAGUCAUGUUUUCGGUGGAUUAGGGUUUUGGUCGGAGAUAUUUCAUCCGAAGGGGAAAGAGGGAAUACGUUCAUCCCAAAAUUUCUCUCUAAUUCCCUUUUUGAGCUUUUCUCUACUUCGUUCGAUCAUCAACGGACUGUUUGCUGGGUUGCUCUUUCCGUUUUUUAUUUUUUUUCUGAUAUAAGUGAGGCGUGUACUUGAUGGGAACAUCUUCUGGUGCCAACUUCCACCACCAAUCGGCCUCAAAGAUGUUGCCUCCACGACAGCAGUCACGAGCUGGAGGAUUACAGACUUCCCUAUCCCUGGCUUCAUCAGAAGCUGGUGGAUCCCCAGAUCCCCAAGAGCCUGGUUCAAAUUCAGAGCAGGUCCGUGAGUCCCCAUCUGAGAGUGCCAGUUCACAUGAAACCUGGCCUACUGGUGAUGCUGUUCUUAUGGGAAAAAAGCUGGAGAAGGAGAAGGAAGGGGAGAACGAUUGCCCCGAACAAUCAGUUAUCCGUCGGGUUUCUAGUUCAGAUAAGUUGUCUCUGCGGGAUGUAGCUAGAGAAAGGGUUGAGAUUAUCUCUGAAAGAAUGCAUUCUCUGCCAGAUGAGCUUCUAGAAGAGCUGAAGAGCGAACUCCGUGUAAUCCUUGAAGGAACCGGUGGAUCUCAGCAUAGAGACGAGUUCUUGAUUCUGCAGAAGCUCGUUCAGGCUAGGCCUGAUUUGACAGCUAAGACCUUGAUUAGAGCACACAGGGUACAACUAGAAAUUCUUGUCGCAAUAAAUACAGGAAUCCAGGCGUUUCUACAUCCAAAUAUCAGCCUGUCACAGACAUCUCUCAUUGAGAUUUUUGUGUACAAGAGAUGCAGAAACAUUGCAUGUCAAAACCAGCUUCCUGCAGAUGAUUGCACCUGUGACAUAUGCACCAAUAGAAAUGGUUUCUGCAAUCUUUGCAUGUGCGUGAUCUGUAACAAGUUUGACUUUGAAGUGAACACAUGCCGCUGGAUUGGUUGUGAUCUGUGUUCUCAUUGGACUCACACAGAUUGUGCUAUCCGUGAUGGACAAAUUGGCAUGGGCCCCUGUGUUAAGAAUGGAGCUGGUGCCACUGAGAUGCUUUUUAGGUGCCGAGCUUGUAAUAGGACAUCUGAGUUGUUAGGAUGGGUCAAAGAUGUGUUUCAACACUGUGCACCUUGCUGGGAUCGAGAGGCUUUGAUGAGAGAACUGGAUUUUGCUAGUAGGAUCUUCCGUGGAAGUGAGGAUUCCAGAGGGAGAAAGCUGUUCUGGAAAUGUGAAGACCUCAUUGAAAAGAUAAAGGGUGGGCUUCCAGAGUCAACAGCCUGCAAAUUAAUGCUGCAUUUCUUCCAAGAACUUGAGGUAGACCUGGGGAAAAACCCCGAAACAGAAGAAGGUGGUCGCCUGAUAGCCCCACAGGAAGCAUGCAACCGGAUUACAGAAGUAGUGCAGGAGGCCAUAAGGAAAAUGGAAAUGGUUGCUGAGGAAAAGAUGCGAAUGUUCAAGAAAGCCCGUUUAGCUCUUGAGGCCUGUGACCGGGAGCUUGAGGAUAAAGCCAGAGAAGUGGAGGAGCUGAAUUUGGAGAGGCAGCGGAAAAAGCAACAGAUUGAUGAGCUAGAGAGCAUCGUGAGGCUUAAGCAGGCUGAGGCUGACAUGUUCCAGCUUAAAGCCAAUGAGGCAAGGCGAGAGGGUGAGAGGCUCCAGAGGAUUGCUCUUGCAAAGUCAGAAAAGGCCGAGGAGGAUUAUGCCAGCAGAUAUCUGAAACUCCGGUUGAAUGAAGCUGAGGCUGAGAAGCAAUACCUGUUUGAAAAGAUGAAGCUUCAAGAGAGUUCACGGGUAUCUCAAAGCAGUGGAAGGAGUGGCGACCCUUCCCAGAUGUUGAUGCUUUGCAAGAUCCAGGACCUGCUCAAGAACGUGUACAAUGUGCCUCCAAAGGUAGAAGGCCAGCCUAAUGACCAUUCUCUUGGUGCAGCUCCUUGAAAGACUUAACCUUGUUUCUGCACGAAGUGGAAUGAUGAUGUAGUGCUACUGUGCUACUAGUUGUUUUGCUUUGUGGUCUCUGAAGUCUGAACUUGUUAUGUUGGUAGUGAAACCCAUUAGCCAAAUAAUUCGUGUACAGCUAAAGACAUGCGUUCAUAUGUAAAUCCGCAUGCUUUGCAUGUUCGUAGCAUAUGUAGCAGAGUGGUGUAAACUGUAAACUCAGAGAGAGGGAGAGAGAGAGGUGGGAAGCAUUCAGACUUGAUUGGGUACGUACUGUACAAACCCAACUUCGGGUAGGGAACUGAGGAUUGUGUUUUGUUCUUAGGCAUGCAGCAUGGUGAAAAACGCAACCACUUAUCAUUACAUGUAGUACUCAAGCCUCCAAUUAUUAUUCUAACAUUUAUUAUAAGACUGUCCCUUUCACCCUU